UUCUUCCCUCCCUUCUUCCCCUUUCUGCUUUCCCGUUGCUUCCCCUCCUUGGGCUCCGGCGGAGGCUCUUCCUCCUUUCCUUCCUUCCUUCCUCCCUUCCUUCUUUCCCUUCUUCCUUGCUUCCCAGGCUGACCAUGCCUCCUUCCUUGCCUCCUUCUCUUCCUCCUCCUCCUCCUCUCUUGCUCUUUCCUUGCCGGAGUUGGGCGCUGGCGCUGCUCAGCCUCUUAGUCGGCAUCCUCAUCCUGGCCGACAUCGCCGAAGUGGAGCGGAAUUCUGGAGGCAAAGGUGCAAUCCGAUCAGCAGCGAAUAGCUUAUAUAGCAAAUUGAAUAGGGCUGAAGUGAUCAUCAAUGGAUCCUCAUCACCCCUUGUUCUUGAGAGAAGUAGUGAAAGUAUUAAGCACCAAGAUGGACCAACCCCAACCCAAUGGAGGCACAACCAGACACUCGCUUUGAAGAUCAGAAAACACAUCUUGAAGUUUCUGGACGCUGAGAAAGACAUCUCCGUGCUCAAGGGAACUCUCAAACCAGGGGACAUUAUCCACUACGUCUUUGACCGGGACAGCACCAUGAACGUUUCCCAAAACCUCUAUGCCCUCUUGCCCCGGACCUCACCCCUGAAAGGCAAACACUUCCGGACCUGUGCCAUUGUGGGGAAUUCGGGGAUCCUGUUGAACAGCGGCUGCGGAGAGGAAAUUGAUGCCCACAGUUUUGUGAUCAGGUGCAAUCUCGCCCCAGUCCAAGAAUACUCUCGGGAUGUCGGCACGAAGAUGGACCUGGUGACCAUGAACCCUUCAGUCAUCCAGCGGGCCUUUGAGGACCUGGUCAACGACACCUGGCGGGAGAAGCUGCUCCAGCGCCUCCACAGCCUCAACGGCAGCAUCCUUUGGAUCCCGGCCUUCAUGGCCAAAGGAGGGAAGGAGCGCGUGGAGUGGGUCAAUGAGCUCAUCCUCAAGAAUCACAUCAACGUCCGCACUGCCUACCCGUCGUUGCGCCUCUUGCACGCCGUCCGGGGGUACUGGCUCACCAACAAAGUGUACAUCAAGCGCCCCACCACUGGCCUGCUCAUGUACACCCUGGCAACCCGUUUCUGCAACCGGAUCUAUCUCUAUGGCUUCUGGCCCUUUCCUCGGGAUCAGGACCAGAACCCUGUGAAAUACCACUACUAUGACACUUUGAAGUAUGGCUACAUGUCCCAGACAAGUCCCCACACCAUGCCCUUGGAGUUCAAAGCCUUGAAGGCCCUUCAUCAGCAAGGGGCCUUGAAACUGACGGUGGGGGCCUGUGAUGGAGCCACAUAAAUGCGUUUUCCAGAAAAUCACUUCUUCUCCCCUGAGGUCGUGUGGUGUAGGAGGAUAGGGGAGGACGAGGAGGUGACACAGAGCCUGUUUCCUUUGUUAUCUGUCCAUGACGGAGACAUGGGCUUCUCUAUGGAGGUUUUGGCUGCUCCGGCUCUGAGUGGAAUCACUGUUUGGUGUCUGGGAGGAAUGGAAUGGACGGGAAGAGAAGCAGCCCAAGGCAAUGGACUUCGCCGGCUGAAGAUCUGGGGCUGUCCCUCGGGCAGCUUUCCCCCCUCACCUCUAGACGUAGAAAGUCACUGUGGUUGGUUUGUUUGGGUCCUUUAGUGUGGCAACUAGAUGUUAGGCCAAGUGUCGUGAGUGGUCUAGAGUCGGUAGCUAGGGCCUGCGUUGGCCAGCGAGUUGUUGUUCUUGGCUUCGUGGGCAUGGGUUUGGGAGGGUCAGUUAAAGGGGAGGGGGUUAUUCCUGACAUCUUCUGGGAAAAAAGCAAAAAAAGAAAGAAAAGAAAGGGAGCAGAGCAUACAGAAAGCUGCUAGGAUCACUUCUAUGGGCAAGUUGGCCCAAGAGUUCCUUAAGUGAGUUUAUGGAAUCCUUUAAGGAAGGAAUUGAGUACCAUUUCGGAGCUCAUCUUGGACAUAGUUAGCAUGUCCCUAAAGAUGAGAUGGUUAGAUUUUUAGGCCCAUUUUAAAGAAAGUCUAAGUCUUGAUGCAUUUUUGUUUAAAUAGAGUGGACUUGAAUGGGCUUUGUUUAAUUUCCUUUUCUUCCUUUGCAAAGGAAAGGCAUUGGAGUGUUGUCUGUAGCGGUGUUUCUCUUGCUACGCAAUGUGAGGGACAGACCAUUGCCUUUUGGCUAAUGUGCCAUGCACCGGCACCGUAUUUAUACCCGUUGGCAACUGCUUUUUUCUUUCAUUCCUGGAAACUUUACAUGGACUGGCAGCCAGUGACUCAUGGACCACUUUGACUAGCAUUGCUGUUUAGGAGAUGCAACCCAAGCCAUUGGGCUUCAACGUUGACAAAAGAUGGACUGUUGGACCAAAUGCACAAGUUAUGUUCUUCAGUGGAACUAAGCUUCAGAUAUCGAAAAAAGAGACCUUGUUGGAUUUUUAUGGACUGUUCAAACCAGCAGUUCAUUGUGGUUUAGCUCAUUUGUUUAUUUAUAUAUAAAAGUAUUUCCAAUCACUA